AACACCCGCGCAGCCACCCACCCAGCACGAUAUAUUACGACGGAACUAUGCCCGGACGAACGUCGACGCGCUCAGUGCGCUCCUCAAACGCGACCGUGGCUCGCAAAUCGUCGACCGCAACGCUCAAAUCUCGGGGCUCUGCCUCCGCCCGCACUUCCGCAUACGCCGUCGAGGUCCCCGAUGAGGGACCGGAUACCUCGCUCCGAACGCAGAUAUGCCAGAUUUUCAGCGAUGCGCAGAAUACGACUGCGACGCAGCGCAAGCUUCAGACCAACCUGAGAAAACUACAGGAGCGGUGUUGCUUUGAACCGCAAGAUCUGAAGAAGAAGAAGGGCCAGGAGCAGGAGGAGUUUGAUGAAGAAGAGUUUAACAACGAAAUCACGCGAUGUGUUUUGAGGAACUUGGGCGUGAAGAAGGGCGAGGCUGUAGGCGAUAGGAUUAUUAGGUUCCUCGGCUUGUUCUUGAAGCAUGCUUCGGAGAAGGACCAAGCCAUAUUCCAGGCUGAGGAUGAGCAGGAAGUGACCGCUUUCCGAGAAACGCCCAGCAGUCGUCUUACAUCGCAUAUCCUCACCACACUCCUCGGGUUCCUCACAGCGAAGGACAAGACGGUGCGUUUCAGGGCCACCCAAACCGUUGCACAUAUCGUGAACAAUCUGGAGACAAUCGAUGACGAGAUAUUCAACCUGAUCCGGCUUGGUUUCCUGAAGCGUCUGCGGGACAAAGAGCCGUCUGUCCGUGUCCAAGCAGUUCUUGGCCUGGGCAGGCUCGCUGGAAAUGACGACGAGGAGAACGAUGAUGAGGACAGCGACGAGGAUAUUGCGGGCGGCAUCCUGGAGAAGCUCAUGGAUAUCAUGAUCAACGACUCUAGCGCCGAAGUCCGACGCGCUGUGCUCCAGAACCUCCCAUUCUGGCCAUCGACACUGCGGUACAUUCUGGAGCGUGCCCGGGAUAUGGACGCAACCAUGAGGCGAAUCGUCUAUGGAAAGAUUCUACCCACGCUGGGAGAUUUCCGUCACAUGUCGCUUGUUGAGCGAGAGAAGCUGAUUCGAUGGGGCCUGCGGGACCGCGACGACAUAGUCCGCAAGGCCGCCGCGCGCCUCUUUUGUGAGCGCUGGCUCGAGGACUGCGCUUCAUCGCAUGAUACUCGUCCUGAGGAAGACAAGAAGCCUGGCGAACCUGCUCCACUGAAUGUUGAUGCAGUCACCGAGCUACUUGAGCGUAUCGAUGUUACACGCUCUGGUGCAGAAGAGGGCAUCGCGCACGAAGCUAUGCGCGAGUUUUGGGAGCUCCGCCCAGAUUACCGAGAGUUUGUCACCUUCGACCACGAGUUCUGGAAUGAGCUGGAUGGUCAGCAGGCCUUCGUGGCACGCACUCUGAACGACUACUGCAAUACCGUCGAAGACGACAGGCUCCGGGAUAUGCUAGAAGACAAAAUGCCAGAAGUCACAAUGUUCGCUUUCGUCGUGCAGAAACAUCUCAACACGUUGAUGGAACUCGUCGAGAAGGUUGCAGUCAUGGAAGACGACGAUCCUGAGACCGAGGAGGCGCAAGAGGACGUGGAAGAACAGGACUUUGUGGUCCAGCAACUGCUCCACAUUGCUCUCACACUGGACUACAGCGACGAGGUCGGACGACGGCAAAUGUACAACAUCAUGCGAGGAGCACUUGCGCGUGCUCAGCUUCCGGAAGAGUGCACGAAGCUCGCUGUCGAGGUUCUCCGCAUGUGUUGCGGUAGUCGCGGAGAGUCCGACUUCUGCGCUGUCAUUCUCGAAGCCAUUGCUGAAGUGCGCGAUACACUCAUGGACGACGCUACGGAAAAGGGCGAAGAUGCGGACGAGAGCUUCCACUCUGCCCGAUCCGACAUUACCGAGGAAGUAGUCGAAGUCAGGCACAAGAAGGCGAAGACGCCGGAACAGCUCGAUCCAGAAGAAGAGGAGGAGAAGCGCACCCGCGAGGUUAUGGUGUACUCAAAGUGUCUCCAUAUCGCGCAGUGCACAUUGCAGAACGUGCACUGCGACCUGGAGUCCGACAACUCACUGACAACUAUUCUAAAUACGCUGAUCAUUCCCGCUGUUCGUGGUCAAGAGGCUAUGAUUCGAGAGCGGGGAGUAAUCUGUCUGGGCUUGGGUGCGCUCCUUAGCAAGGAUCUAGCAACAAGCAACCUUGACCUCUUCUUCCACUGCUUCACAAAAGGUCACGACGCUCUCAAAGAAAUCGUCAUCCAGGUCCUUACCGACGUCGUCAUCACCCACCCUUCGCUCCUGGCACCGCCACCGCCGGAUCCAGAAGCCUCGACUGAGGACGCGGAACCCAAGCCCAAUGCGCUCAUCAAGCCCCUCACCAAAAUCCUCCUCAAGGCUUUCCACUCGGACAACAGGCACAUUAGCCUUAUGGCCUGCACCGCCGCCUCUAAGCUUCUCCUCCUCGGCAUCCUUCCUCCUUCAGCCACCGCCGACAUCCUGAAAGCAUUCACGCUGACCUACUUCAAUCCCGAGACGGCUGCAAAUCCGGCACUGAGACAGGCCUUGAGCUACUUCCUCCCGGUCUUCUGUCACUCGAAGCUCAAGAACGCACUUCUCAUGGCGCAGAUCAGCGUUCCCGUGAUGUCGAAGCUGCUGCUCAUGCGCGAAGACAUUGACGAAGAAGCUGACGAAAUGGUCGGCUGGCCGGUCAUCACCGCCCACCUGUCCGAAUGGACAGAUGGUCGCAAAGUGGUGGGGGCUACCGAACUUGGUCUCGACGGCAAAACCUCGACAUCGCAGGAAGCAGAGGAACCACACAACUACCUCGCAGCCGAGAUCCUAGAGCGCGCUUUGGGCAAUACGUGCUCUAAGGAUGAGCGGAAACCCUUGCUAAGUUUGCUAACCAAGCUGUACAUCGCAUCUUCUGGCCCCGCACCCGACGAAGAAGCCCUCCGCACUCUCCACGCGCUCGUCACCGAAGCCGUCGAGGGCAAACUCGGCAUGGAUGCCACGCAGCGCAACUACCUGACCAAGCUUGAAAUCAGCCUCACCAAGCGUCUGGGCGAUGUCGAGCACGUCACGCAGCUUGCGGAGAGUAACGAGGACACGGCCACGCCGGAAGUCACGGAGGUGCCUGAGGCCCAAGAUAAGACGGAAGCGGAGGUGGGCGUGGAGGAGGAGGAAGAUACCAUGUUGGCGGGUAUGCAGGGUGAGGGGACGAGGAUGCCGCUCGAGGAGGAUGAUGAGGAUGAGCAUGAUGGGGAGGAAGCGAGUACGCCGACGGCGAGGAGGAGCGUCGCAGUUACGGAGAGCGAUAUCGUGGAUAGCUUGUUGGAGAGUGAGAUGUAAGCAGGCUUGGGCAUCUGCUAUGGUUUUCUGGGAGGGAUAGGCGUUCAGGUUCCGUCGGCGUUGUUGCUCCAGACGUGGACGGUCCGCGUGGCUUUGGAUGUGUGUGCAUGCAUAUGCGCAGCUUCAUGUAUAAUGAAUCUCUCUCUUCCCCACCCC